AUUAUUUAUUUGUUGCCUUUUACAUUCACAUCACAUGACACCACAGCGCAAUGUCAACAAGACACCACUUAUGUCAACGGGCCAAUUUCGUCAAAAUCACAGCACAGGUAUUCGAUGACAGUCACAAGUUUUGAUGUCACGAAGGGAUGCAAGUGUCACUUCCUUACACACACCGCCGAGUGCGCGAGUGUCAUCUAAUUGACACAUGUCAGUCAAAAUGACAAGGAUUAGUGAAGUUACUCAUUCGUGACGCUCCCGACACAAGAGGGGUACAGGCGCAUGCCCACAGCGCCCGUUAUCCCGAACUGGGUCAGUCAGCCCAAACAUUGCCAACAAAAAUGGCUGCCAUGGAGGAUGGCAAACCGUCUGAACAAACCCAGUUUCCGCGAGUUGGCAGGCCAAGAAAACCUCUCCACGAAAAAAGAAGAAAACAACAAGAAGCAACAAAAUGGCGGGAUGCUCGGAGGGUUUACCUCGGCAAUUCUUACGACCGUUGGAAGAAAUUGAAGAGCCGAAUCGGAUUGAAAGAUUGCAGCCUCGCGUGGCAUUUAAUGGAGGCUCACGAUUCGCAUUGUGUCGAAUGUGGAAGAGGCACCAGUCUUGGCGAUGAUGAUGAUGGCACUCCUCACAAUUUCUUUCCUCAAAUUAUCAAGUCUAUUCGACGAAUUUGUAUGCAGUACCUCAGCUUUCAACACACUGUAGAAGUCGUUGGACUUGUUUGUUUGGAGAUAGACAAGGGCACGAAAGAGAACUUCAGCAUCAAAGAGGUUGUCAAUCGCCCGAUAGGUCUCCGAGUAGAAGCAUUGGCUUCUCAACAAAAAUCAUCAGAAAAUGACUAUAGCAUUGAACUUGCCAAUGAUGAAGAUGAAGACGAUGAUGAUGAUGAUGAAAUUUGUGAUGAAGAUGAUGAUGAUGAGAUGUCAGAUGCAUCCAAUAUGGGAAGUGAUGACGGAAGCGAACACAAACCGUUGGAUCAUUACCGGUCAGGUGUGGGUGAUUAUUCAAAAGGAGACGAUGCUGCUUUUUCAAGACCGAGCGAAAAUGAUGUGACAAAUGACUCCGAUUCUAUCUGUGAUAAAAGCUCUAGUCGUGAUGUGCCAUCAAAGGAUGGGAUCCCCGAAUCAAGGGGAGGUAACUCUAGUCUCAACUUCCUGUCACUGACUUCUAUGCAAGAACGAGCUUGGACGCUAAGUCCUAGCAUGCUGUCUGCAAGUGCUAAAAUGGACAUAUCAAGAUUUGUGAAUGACAAUGACAGUGAAAGGAGCAGCAACAGUGUGAGUGUCAGUCCUUUCACCGUGGCGGAAGUCAAGGCAGAGGAAGAGGACAGACUAGAGGAAGAAGAGUCUGCAGCGGAAACUAUUCACGACACAGAUGACAAGGCAGAGAGGGUCACACCAACUGUGUUCUCCAUUGCUGUGGCUGAGACCCUUCCUUCCGAGGCAGACCAUCAGACCAGUCCCAUCGACCUUGUGGUGAAGCAGGAGCCGGCAGACCAUCCACAGCCCAACCCUCCCAACCUUGUACAUCCUUGUUUGGACAAUCGAUCCCCAGCCACCACCCCUGAUAACAGUGGCAAGAAGAGGAAGAUUGCUGAGGACAGAUUCCCCCAGAUUCUCUCCUCCAGUGCAUUGGCCAAGACCCUCACCUCCCAGACAGACCAUCAGACCAGUCCCAUCGACCUUGUGGUCAAGCAGGAGCCGGCAGACCAUCCACAGCCCAACCCUCCGGACCAUGUGCAUCCUCGUCUGGACAAUCGGUCACCGGCAAAUACUCCUGAUAACAGCCUGAGUGGCAAGAAGAGGAAGUUUGCCUCCAUGGAACCAGUGCUUAACAGCCACAAGAAGGAAGUGUUUCACAAGGAGGAGUACGAGGUCCUGGAGAUGACGCCCUUCACAGACUAUGCUGAGUUCUUGCGCCAUUGCCCAUCGGUGCUACAGCGGACAUUCUAUCGAUGGAAAAGACGGAUCAAGGACGAGUACAUCUUCCUAGAGCAGCAUCCAGACAUGACAUAUCAAGAAUAUAUCCAGUAUAUCCCCCAUGCCAAAGAAAAUGUGUUUAUAUUCUGGAAAUCAUUGAUGCAGAAGGGUUACCUUUUUGGAACCGGCUCUACCAAUCACAUGACAUCGAUAUCCCUGAAGACUGACCUGGACAGUAGGAAGUCCAGCCCUGUGCCAAACCAACAACAGUGGGAUGAUGAAAACAAUGGACACAAAGUCCUCAAAUUUAUGCAGAAAAAUAUCACUGCAGAAUAUUCAGAAGUUGCCAAACAUUUUCCCAAUUUCCCAAAGCAUGUGUUUAAGAUCUGGAAACAACAGAACCUUCAAGCAUGGAAGUUCCUGGAACAGAAUUUUUCCAUUGACUAUGCACUGUUUUCAAGGUGUUUUCCCACAGUGGCGGAAGAAGUGUUCAAUAUUUGGAGGGAGAAUGUGCUGAGGGAAAAUAGGAACAAAAUCCUGAACCUCCAGCGAGAGGCUGUGUCCACUGCUGAGCACAUUCAGGAAGCCCAGAAGGUUUUGUGGACAUCAAUGAUGUCACAGAGACUUGCCCAGGAGCAGAGUAGGUUCUCAACCAAUCCUGGUACGUGGCCAGGAAUGAGUGGAAGCUGGUUGGGAGACUACCCUGGUUUUUGGGGAACCGCCCUGAAUCUCUCUGGCUUAGCACGUAUGGAUUCUAGUCAGGUUUCUCAGCUACCAAUGUCCGAUACACGUCAUUCUGAAAGCUCUAAAAAUGGUAGCACAAGUGACAAUUCUUCUGAAAAGAAUUUAACAUCUGUCCCGAACAAAAUGAGUCAUUCUGAUUUGGAUGAAACUGAUAUUGGAUUUCUUUCAAAGAACCAUCAGUUGAAGAAAAAGAACAGGAUCUUUAGUGCCCAUGGACAAGAAUCUCCAAGAUCACUGCAGUCUGAUUCAGUAGAUCAUGCUACCACUGAAAAAUUAACUGUGGACAGUGAUAGAGAUGACUACGAUGAUGAACCUCGAGACGAGAAUCUGAACAUUGAUAGAGAAGAGAAGAGCUCCCGAAAAAUUAAUGAACAUGAAUUUCUAUACCUGCAGCUGCACCCAAACAUAGACUUUGCAGGGUUUACAUAUCAGUUUCCCAACACAUCCGUGAGGACAUUUUAUCGGUGGAGGAGAGAGAUACAAGACCAGAUCAAUGUCCUCCGUGCCGAUCCCAACAUAUCUUUUGUGGACUUUCACAAAACAUACCCAAAGGUGUCGGAAAAAGUUGUAUCCAAAUGGAGGGAGGUUGUGCUAUCUGAAAAAGAACUGAUGAAUGGCUGUGAGGAUGACUCUGUGAAUCUCAGUUCUCAAAUUGAGAAAUUUUCAAAGGAUGAUAAUCAUGUUCAAACGCCUCUUAAUCAAAUAAAGAAAGUGAAGCUGUCGUCCAGUGAUGAACAGUGUACCACCCAAAGCAAUAAUAGUCCAACUAGCUGUGAUAAUUUUACUAGUACCUUCAGCAACUCCAGAGUCAGUGGAAAAGCACUGAUGAAAGCUAGUCGUCAAGAAUACUGCUUCCUUCAAAGGAACCCGGAUAUUGAUCUUCAAGGUUUCUUGAGAUUGUUCCCAGACACACCGACAGGAACAUUCUAUCGCUGGAGGAGAGAAAUCAAGUCAAUCAUCGAAUUCAUCUCUGCACAUCCUGAUGCAUCGUAUCAAGACAUUGUGUCAGAGCUCCCCGAAGUGUCCCAAGAAAUGUUUCAUGAGUGGAAGGAAAGAUUAAAGACUUCCCAAGAAGGUUCUGGCAAUCAGGAUCAGAAUCCUAUUCGUAGUCUUCAAGCACUGGUGAAUGAUGGGGAGACAUAUGCCACCAAACAGGGUUAUCAUAGAGAACCUGGGUUCUUGUAUCUCCUGGAGAAUCCAUUGAUCAGUAUAGUGGAGUUCAGUAAACUCUUUCCCGCUGUUCCAGCAGGGAUGUUCAGCAGGUGGAAGAAGCUGGUCAGAGAUUGGUUCAGUUUGCUGAAAGUUAGUACGGACAUUGAUUACAAGACAUUUUCGUUUUACUGCAGAGAGGUGCCUGAAACUGUCUUCACAAAAUGGAAAACACUUAUUCAGAAGAAGGAAGAGACAACAGAUGAACAGUGUAAAGCAGACAGCAAUAACGGGAACUCGCCCGAAGACUGGGUUCUCACCAAGACAAGGAAGGUCAAUCAGACUGAAUAUCUUUUCUUUCUGAUGAAUCCUUACAUGGAUUACAACGAGUUUGCAAUAACGUUCCCUCUCAUCUCGCUUCGGACUUUCUAUCGGUGGAGAAGAGAAAUUCGUGAGAGUCUGGAGUACCUUGAGCAGCACCCAGAUGUAAGCUACAAAGCCUUCUGCCAGGUGUUCACUGUAGUCCCUGAGGAAGUGUUCAACAGGUGGAAAGAGCUCUCUGCUGAACAAAACAGGAAGGUGGAAAUGAGUUCAGAAUCUCUCAAAAGGCAACUGCAAUAUCAUGAUCAUGAGAAUACUUUAAAUCAAAUCGAGGUAGCUGCUUCCUCUCCUGACUCUGCCAAUGAAGCAAGUGAUGGACAGUCUUUGCAGAUGUAUAGUGAUCCAGGUGUUCCAUCAAAUAAAGCAUUAGACAUUCCUGACCAUGCCAUGUUUUCAACAGACAGUCCUGAUCCGCCUGGGAUUGUGAGCUCCUUGAGCUCUUCAGAGUCUCUUAGUGCAGCUGUGGAGAGCAUCUGCCGAUCAGCAGGUCUUCCUCCAUUAGAUCAAUCUGUGGAUGAGAUCAGUGAGCAGCGUGCUUCUUCUCCAGCAACAACUCAUGCAGGAUCAUCUGGUCUUGGAGGAGUGGCUUUCCCCGGAAUGUCUUCAGCCCAGUCUAGUGCUUCACCAACAGCUCCUGACACUGCCCCAAGUCAAUAUCUGGCAAUAAAACAAGAGGAAUCUUUCAAUGAAACCAACAGUCACACAAAGCUGGACUCUUUCCCCUCAACAGUACCUCAACCCUCAAGCUCCAAUUUAGGAGGGAUAACAUUUCCGGGAAUGUCUUCCGUGCCAACCAGCAUUCCUCCAUCUUAUCUCGACUCAGGAGCUUUGUCAUCCCAGAUGGUAAAGGAGGAGUCUUUCUUCUCACCCCGGGCGAGGAAGCAGAGUCGAGAGGAGUACCUAUUCCUCCAGCAGAACCCUAACAUGGACUUUCUUGAGUUCUGUAGCCAUUACCCUACCAUCUCCUUGAGGACCUUCUACAGAUGGAAGAGAGAGUUCCGCCAAUCCAAUGAGUACAUGAUGGGUUUGCAUGGUAGUCUGCAGAAUGUCAGUAACAGCCCAGGAGCUGUUUGGGGUGGUGGGGUAGCCUAGUGGUUAGAGUGUUCAUUAGACCUGCCAAAGAUAUAGGUUUGAAUCCCAUGUGGGUACAGUCUGAUGGUUUGAAUCCCAUGUGGGUACAGUCUGAUGGUUUGAAUCCCAUGUGGGUACAGUCUGAUGGUUUGAAUCCCAUGUGGGUACAGUCUGAAGCUUCUGGGGUGAUGCUGCUUGAAUAUUGCUACAGCUGUGUCAGACCACACACACUCACUCAAGGUGCUGUGGAGGUUGCAGUAAAGUAUGGCACAUGGAGACAAUGGAGAACAUCUUUUGAAAUUGAAUUGCUGUAAAAGCUUGUUUCUUCUUGACCGUUCAUUCCAUCAAAAUUCAGCCAGUUACUGGUUCCCAUAUAAAGUAGGCAUGAGCACUAUAAUGUGAAAACUGUGCUUAGAAAAGGGCAAUACCAUUUUAUCUGCAUGGGGGCUUGAGAUUUUUGUCAAAACUAUAUUUGGUUUACCUGCAUUUUGUUUCAAUUUAUGUUUUCAUAACAUGAAGUUCUUCCAUAUGGUAGUUUGGACAGUCAAGUAAUUUUACCCACCCCUGUAGAUAAAAUGAGCUGGGCCUAGAUUUUGAAGCUCUCCUAGUAUUAAGAUGGUCGUAAAAGCCAUACAUUAACAUUAACUUACCACUAUCUUAGCUCUAAAAGAGCUCCGAAAAUCUUGACCCUGGUCCUUAUCAAGUUUGUGUGGUUUAUGAACAACCACGGUUUUAUAGUUCCAUGUUAGAAUGAUUGAAUCAUCAGCAUCUACAUGUUUUAAUCUUACAAAGCUUGUCAGGUUGUAUUGUUAAGGUGUGUGCAAAAGCACAUACAUAUAGGCAUGCAUUAUUCAAUACCUAGUCUCACAAGUAACUUUGGUCUAUGCACUAGUCUCAAGCUGGAUUUACAACAUGCCUUCCAUGACCAUCAGGACUUGCAAGUUUGAAAUGUUUUUUAUCUACUGUUCACCAAUGAAACAUUUAUACAUAUUUCACAUGGUUUAGACCACGAGAAGGACAGCGUACAGGGUUAGACAGGCCACAAGUUGGCUUGUUUGAGCUCACUGUAUGUAUGCCUGAAGUAUUGGAAAUAAUUCAAGUGUACGAUUGAUACCAUACUGAUGACACAAUAUGCAUUGUAAUCUUUUUCGGUGUCAAAAGCCUACGGUUGAGAACCUAUUUUUUGAGAUGCAGGAUUAUGUGUAGGUUAUUCAGCUUGAUCAUGUUGAUGCCAUGCAUCGUCAAUAUUUUAAUGUUCACUGAGUAUGCUUGCAGCUGGUAUAUAAUGCAGUAAUGAUGUGUGUAUAUUUUUACCAUGCUCUUUGCUGUAACUCUUUAAGUUGAAUAAGCCUUGCUCCAUGCAUAAACUUUAUGUGGACCUUACCAUUCACUGACAUUAAAGCUGUAUGAAGAACAUGCAUCCAUGGGACUAAACCCAUCUUGCACACAUUGUCAUGCAUGAAACAAAGUUUGUUCAAAGAUAUUUCAUCACUUUUUGGUCUCAGUACUCGCUGGAUCCAAGGCUUUGCUUGAUCCGUCAGAAGCAAAUAUUUCCUACACUGCAUAUCAGCUGUAUUCUUUGAAGAAGGAGGACUGAAACCUGAAUUAUUGACGAUGGAUGGCAUGCCAGUUUGAGAUUCCUGUGGACAUGUGUCAAACUCCAUUUAGCUGAGGGCAACUAUAGCAUGGCUGAUGCAAUACUAUUAUCUCGUGGUUCUUUCAUAGUCUGAAGUGUAAUCUCUUUCCAGUUACUUGUGUGCCAUAUUGUGUACAGUCACAUGUGCUAUAGGAGGAGGCGGCAGUUGGCAUCUUGCAUGCAGUAAUCUCUCUCAUCAGUGUCUUGAGCAGUUUGUGUUUGUGUCUAGUGGCCAUAUAUUUAAUUCAUGACACAUGUGAGACUUGUAAUGUUGUCUUUGUCAAGAAGUGCUAGUUAUACCGAAUAUGUGUGGACCAAAGGUCAUUCCAAGUGUAGUUUUCAUUAAGUCUUUGCAAAGUUAAACGACAAUCCUGAAGAUAUAGUUAGACUGUGUUAAAGUGUCUUGACCAAUCAGAACUGUUUUAACCUGGACUUGCUGUUGUAGGUUUGUAUGAGCCAAGUUGAUAGAUCUGAAUGUGAUCGUUAGGGUAGCAUUUUUAUUUUAUGUGUUUCUCAUCGCCUGAUCGACCCUUCUAAUUUUAUUGCCCCCCCCCCCAUUUUUUUUUUGCAUUCCAACACCGCCGACUCAAACCUUAAAUGUACUGCCUCAUCAUAUAUAAUGUUUCUCUUUUAAUCAGUCGCUGCCACAAGUCCAAAGAACGCGAGAAAUUGUAAUAAGAAUUACAAUAAAUGAGAAUCAAGAACAUUAUUCAGAUAAUAUUGCCUUUUUUAUUUUAAUUAUUUUUUCCCGACCGACCGACCCAUGUUCAGAAUUUGUGGCUACAUGAAACACUAAAAAAAUGAUGCCCUUAUGUCAGAUUAAUCUUUGCUUCAAUAUCUUUAAAUGACUGCAACAAGUGAAGAUGUCUCUAAAAGCUCUGGACAUUUCAAAUAUGACUGAGAGCACCUGUAACACUGGGUAAAACGUCAUUUAUGACUCUUUUCUAAUUCACUGUGUUUAAGUUUCAUACUUUUAUACUUACUACUGAAAGUCAUCAGGUCACUUAAUGACAUACACUAUUGUAAAUUGAAAGAAAAUGGUCUUUCAUUUCUUUUGCCUAGUAAUUAUCAAGAAUUGCAUAUAUUUUCAAGGUAGAUCUAUGCCCAGCUGU